AAUGCCUCCUAUACUUUCCAAGGUUCGCCUUCCAGGCUUCUCGCCGUUCGUCGUCACUACUGUUCCUAUCAUUAUAUUCUUCUUGUUCUAUACAGUUCCAUCUUCCGCCUUCACGAUCUUUACAGAAAACGUUGAGGAGCAGCAGCAUUAUUAGCAACAACGGUCCGGCGGAAAGAACAUUCCGCUCCCCUACGCUUUUUCCCCACACGCUGUACGAAAAGACCGGCUGCUCGUGCUGCGGCGGCGGCGGCGGUCCACGUCGGAGGAAAAGUAUCGAUGACGCCAGCCAUGGCCCAACCCGAAACAGGUAAUUCACAGGUCGCUGCUGCUGUUAAUUCCGUCACUACUGCUGCGAACGCCAAUUCCUCCACCAACGAUGCCAGCAGCAGCAACCACGGCAAUCCUCCUCCUCCUCCUCCCACUACCACCACCAACAACAAUCCCGUAGCCACCAGUUAUCCCAGUGUGACGAUCGCAACACCUCCCACUCCACCCAUCUCCGACGCUGCGAGGCUGCGCAGGUCGAAUCUCCAGGCCGAGAUGGACGCCUCCAGAUCGUCACAUUCGCGUCCGCGUCGCCGUUCGUCCGCCUUCUCAUAUUCCAGCCUAGAAGAUGCAACGACGUCAUUCGCCGACGACUUCAUCAGCCCGCGCACCAACAACAUCAGAAGACACAAAGACGACGAGGAUGUCACACAUUGGCACUCGACUCCACUUGCCUUUGCCAUCUUGCCAGCAGUGGGUGGCCUACUGUUCCAAAAUGGAUCGCUGUUCGUGACCGAUAUCCUUUUGCUCGGCUUGGCCGCCAUUUUCCUCAACUGGAGCAUCCGUCUGCCGUGGGAUUGGUACUAUUCAGCCCAGGCCCUUCGUCGCGAAUACCCCGAUGUUGAGGAAGAGGAUACGGCAUCGUCGGUAGGCGGAUCGCCUCGGCCACACUCGCGUCGCGUUCGCAGUGACGACAACGGAAACGCGGAUGAGGCUACCCGGGCCCGACGCGCAAAAGCUGCCGAAAGUCUGCGUCAACAAGAGCUAUUAGCCCUCGUCGCGACAUUCGUCUUCCCGAUGUUGGCAGCGUACCUGCUACACGUCAUCCGCGCUCAACUCUCGCGUCCUUCGACCAACCUGGUCUCCGAUUACAACCUGAGCAUUUUCCUGUUGGCCGCAGAGAUCCGCCCAUGUCGACAGGUCAUCAGGUUGAUGUCAUCCCGUACGCUGCAUCUUCAGAAAAUUGUGGCGGGUGGUCCGCCAUCGGCUGGAUCAUCCAAAGAGAGUCAGGAGCUACAAGCGGACAUCAUCGCACGUCUUGCAGAGCUCGAAGAUCGCUUGGAAGCCAACACCCUGGUCCCAUCCACUGUGUCCAUCGCGCAGAAGGCGGAUGUAUCCGACCUGUCGUCAGAUCUACGCAAGCGCUACGAACCGCGCCUAGAAGGGCUCGAGCGUGCCGUGCGCCGUUAUGAGAAACGAAGCAUGACAUUAGCUAUGGCCGUGGAUAAUCGUCUUCAGCUGUUGGAAACUCGAUUGCAGGAAGCUCUGAGCCUCACAGCG